UAGAUCUCUAGCUAGUUAUCGAACGAAGCAAAAAGUUAUCUAGCUUUAAGAAAACCAAACAAAAAUGUUUUCUUCUUCUUCUUCUUUUAAUUUCUUAGCAGCAGUAUUCUCUUUGCUUGUAGUUUUCAGCUUUUUCACCAAAUCAAAUGCUCAGUUGAAUUCUGAUUUUUAUUCAUGUACAUGUCCAAAUGUUUCCAACAUUGUCCGAAGUGUACUUCAGCAAGCUUUGAAAUCUGAUGCACGGAUUGGUGCUAGCCUCAUUCGACUUCAUUUCCAUGAUUGUUUUGUUAAUGGAUGUGAUGCAUCAAUAUUGUUGGAUAAUAAUGCAACAGCCAAAAUAGUGAGUGAGAAAGAUGCAGCUCCAAAUGCUAAUUCCCUGAGAGGUUUCAAUGUUGUUGACAAAAUUAAGACUGCAGUUGAGAAUUGUUGCCCCGGUGUUGUCUCUUGUGCUGACAUUCUUGCACUUGCUGCUGAAGCCUCAGUUUCUCUGGCAGGUGGUCCUUCAUGGAAUGUGUUACUGGGAAGAAGAGACAGCAAAAUUGCAAAUCAAGCCGGAGCUAAUACUUCUAUUCCUUCUCCUUUUGAAGACAUAAACAACAUUACUACAAAGUUUUCUGCCGUUGGGCUUAAUAUUACUGAUUUAGUCGCUUUAUCAGGUGCUCACACAUUUGGACGUGCAGAAUGUCGUGUAUUCAGUGUGCGGCUUUACAAUUUCAGUGGCACUGGAAAUCCUGAUCCCACAUUAAACAAAGCUUACUUAGCCAAAUUAUUGAAAAUAUGUCCACAAAAUGGAAGUCCAACUGCUUUGGCAAAUCUUGAUCUUACAACUCCAAAUAAAUUCGACAACAAUUAUUUUGCAAAUUUGCAGAAUAACAAAGGUCUUUUGCAGUCAGAUCAAGAGUUAUUUUCAGCAAAUGGUGCAUCAGCAGUUUCCACUAUUGUUAUCACAUUUAGCACUAACAAAAAUGCCUUUUUUCAGAGCUUUGUGGAGUCAAUGAUUAAUAUGGGGAAUAUUAGUCCAUUAACAGGGACUAAUGGAGAAAUUAGAUCAGACUGUAAGAGAGUCAAUUGAAGGAAGUUUUAUUUGUUUAGAUUAAUUAUUAGUGCAUUCCGUUAUUUCAUCUUAUUGUAACAUAAUUAUUAAUAACUAUUUGAGGAUUGGGAUUUUAAUUUGA